GUCAUGGUAAUGCACGCAGCAGAAGGAGUCAAGCGCUUCGGAAGGGGGACAAAUCUGACCAAUAAAGGAUUCUAAAGGGGAAUCUAUCGCAAAGGAUUCUGUCACUCACUCUUUGCGAGAUGCGUCUCUCACGGAAACGCUGGACUAUUUGCACAAUAAGCAUCCUGGUGAUCUUCUACAAGACGAAAGAAAUAACUAGAAGUGAAGAACAUCAGGAAGCUCAAGUCACUGGGUAUGAUACGUUCUUUUGCCAUUGAUAUGGCCAAUAGAAUAGCUGGAACACGGUUGGGGGACACAGGGAUUACCAUACGGCGGGCUGCAGAGGUUUUCUACUUUGAGACUUGGUCAAUGAAAGCAUCCUUGGUCAAUGAAAGCAUCCAUUUUCAUUUUUAGGACUUUGUUUAGAUGUAUAUUGGUAGAUCUGUGCCAGUGUCCUGCAAUUGGACACCUCUGCCAUUGUCCAGCCCAUAGCAAUUGUAUUGGGAUGGACGCUUAAUUCUCCUUUGUUUGGACUGAACCGGUGAACACAAUGUCAAAACGACACUUAGUCGCAAUUAGUGCUGAUAUUCAGUAUUUUCUAGUUAUUUAAUUGCCUGAUAUCAUAUUCACUGUGGCAUGUGAGUGGAUUCUUCAGAGAUUUUACAAAUUUCUCUCUGAAUACUACAGAGACAAUGAGGCAUGCUGACAGACUCUCCUUCAGAGCCUCGGCCACACAAAUUGGGGCAAAAUCUCAGUAUACAGAGAAAUAUAGUUUGUAGUUGAUAGGAUUUCACUUUUUUCAAAAUACUGGAAUGCAAACAAAAUCAAUCAAAUCUUAUACAUUACAAUAUUGUGUGUGUUUGAACCAUCAAGGCUAGUUCAGGGAGACUAUAUUUGGGACUCUUGAGUACAGGUGAAGGUUGCCAAGUACCUCAACUCCUCCAUGGAGUUGAGUGCAGACUAGAGUUUUAAAAAAUUAACCUCCCACUCUUUCGAGUCACUAUGACUAUUUCGAGUCACUAUGCGUUGAUACUUCUGAAAAUGUAAAUUCUUAAACCCUUGCCGUGUACCUAAGUUUGUCUUCUGUAGCUGUGUGCCUUUCUUUGUUUGCUGAAAUCCAUACUUUUUUAUAAAACGUUAAUCAAAUACAACCACUGAGUGUUUCCUCAUUGCUGUUCCUUGUAGAUGGCAACUCAGCGCAAAUCCGCAUUUGCCAAUUGAAUCUCAGCAAUGAAACAGUCGGUGGUUGCUCCUGAGAUGAGAAGGGUGUAAUUGCAGACCGCAAUUAGGGGUGUUUUCUGAUAUAGGCGUUUCAUGAUAUCAAGUACAUCCAUUGAUGCUCGCCAUUGGUCCUUGGCCGUCUCUUUUGCGUCGGGACAACAGUUCUUGACAACUGUAGCAUUGUAGCCUAACCCUUUUCCUAACCUUAACCUCAGUCUCCUAACCAGCCACGCUAAUUAUCCUAACCUGCCACGUUAAUUAUCCUAACCUGCCACGUUAGUUAUCCUAACCUGCUAUGUAAAUAAAUAAUCUGUGUCGAGAAAUCAUCAGUCUCAUACCACCAGAACUGACCAAUGGCAGGUAUCAAUGGGCGUUUCCUUAUAUCAGGGAAACACCCACAUCAAGAAGCACCCGAAUUGCGGUCUGUAAUUACACCAUAUUCCCUGAGGCAGAGUUUUCCACCACCAUCAACAAAACACCAAAUGAUGGAAUUUCCCAUGGAAGAAUGGGGUCGGCCCGUCAGGAAGUCUAGGACCCAGUUCCACAGGGCGGGGUUCAGAACCAGGGCCCCGAGCUUAAUGAUGAGCUUGGAGGGCACUAUGGUGUUGAAGGCUGAGCUGUAGUCGAUGAACAGCAUUCUUACAUAGGUAUUCCUCUUGUCCAGGUAGGAUAGGGCAGUGUGCGGUGCAAUGGCGAUUGCGUAAUCCGUGGAUCUGUUGGGGCGGUAUUCGAAUUGUAGUGGGGUCUAGUUUGUCAGGUAAGGUGGAGGUGAUAGUCAUUUCAAAGCACUUCAUGAUGACAGAAGUGAGUGCUACGGGGCGAUAGUCAUUUCGUUCAGUUACCUUCGCUUUCUUGGGUACAGGAACAAUGGUGGACAUCUUGAAGCAAGUGGGAACAACAGACUGGGAUAUGGAGAGAUUGAAUAUGUCUGUAAACACUCCAGCCAGCUGGUCUGCACAUGCUCUGAGGACGCAAAAAAGUCUUAGAUCUUUACCAGGAACUGAAAAAGUGAUUUCUUGUAUGAACAAGCCUAAAUUGGAGAGAUUCCCAUUUCUUUCCACUCAGUUAAAGUUAACGCUGAAGGGUUCAUUUGAGCGUUAAAGAGAAGUGAGGUUUGAAUUAUUGUAAUAAUUAGGUUACAAUCACCAGUCAGUAAGCUGCCUUGUCUGAGCCACAACGGCCCACAAUCACCAGUAGUAGGAUGAUACUAUCAAAGAAAGGACGUGCUUUGUUUCAGUUUUUAUACUACUGGACUGAAGACAAGAAGGUUAUGUGUGUGUGUGUGUGUGUGUGUGUGUGUGUGUGUGUGCGUGCGUACCACUGAGCAGUAGACUAUGAGCCUAUGCGAGAGACCUGCGGUUCCCUUUUCUCCAAUCUAAGCAGGAAGUGUCAAACGAAAACAACACAGCUAUAAUCAAAUUGUAUUUGUCACAUGCGCCUUACCGUGAAAUGCUUACUUGCAAGCCCUAAACCAACAAUGCAGUUCAAGAAGUAGAGUCAAGAAAAUAUUUACUAAAUUAACUAAAGUUUAAAAAAAAACAAAUCAAAUCAAAAAGUAACACAAGAAAAUGACAUAACAAUAACGAGGCUAUAUACAGGGGGUACCAAGUCAAUGUGCUGGGGUACAGGUUAGUCGAGGUAAUUUGUAAAGUGACUAUGCAUAGAUAAUAAACAGCGAGUAGCAGCAGUGUAAAAACAAAGGGGGGGGGGGUGUCAAUGUAAAUAGUCCGGGUGGCCAUUUGAUUAAUUGUUCAGCAGUCUUAUGGCUUGGGGGUAGAAGCUGUUAAGAAGCCUUUUGGUCCUAGACUUGGCGCUCCGGUACCAGUCGCAGAGGGAGGUGUUUAGUCCCAGAGUCCUUAGCUUUAGUGAUGAGCUUUGUGGGCACUAUGGUGUUGAACGCUGAGCUGUCAUCUAUCAACUGAUGUGAUGGCAACAAGUGUUGUCAUAUCCAUUCAUGAGUGUUAACACUGUUCAAAAUGUAAUUAGGAUUUAGAAGAACUAUAGAUGAUUGUCCCUUGAACCACCACUGCAGCUAGCCUACAAGGUUACACAUUUGAAUUUCCAAGCUCUUUGUUUUAAACCAGACAAUAGUUUAAUCCGGUUGCUACAACAAAUAGGAAGUAAUUUAAGUGGUCGUUAUGCGUGUGAACAACUAAGUCCCAGCAAUAGGGUAUUUUCCAUUGUUUCCACGUAUAUCUGUUGAAGAAGAAGGUCAGUUCUCACACAACCUUGCCUCAAAUGACCACAAGCAACCCUGGCAGAUGCUGUGAGUCAUAUGGCCAAUUGGGAUUUUUUUUUGCAAUAACAUUUGAGAAUGUCCGGGGCUCUGGGCUUUGUUCACUGGGGCAACUGUGCAUAGAUAUGUUAGGGUAGGGUAGGGGAAUGGACUGGGAGUAGCUCUUUCAGAAAGACAAAAGUAUUCUUGUGAAUGGUGCUUCACCUUAAUCACACAUACAUACGUGUUAAAGUAUUAUUUUUGGAAGACUCUGAAAUGACUUCCUCUGUAGAGCACGUCUCUACAGGAAGUUGAAUAAAUAACCUUUGCAAAAUCAACUGAGCUUGCCAAGAGUAGGUGUAGCCCAAGCAAGGACAAUAGACCUUUAUGAGUGUACAGUGUGAUGGAUGAAAAACAAUGGCAAAUUGACAGUGUGUUCAAGGUGUCUCUUUCAUUAAACAACAGAGCUUUCAUAUUAAGGACAAAAAACUGGAUGCAUAUGGAACUCGGGGUGUACUGCUGUACAAAUCCAGCCUUCUUUUCUAGUCCACUACCUCUCUAGUACCCUUUUCUGCCAUUCAUUACAAUGUAAUUACUUAGUUAUUACCAGUUCAAUCGCCUCAAUGAGAAAUCACAUUCGUCAUAACAUCAUAACAUUGAAACAAAGAACCUGGACCGGUUAUGUGUGUGUGCCCUCAAGGAUCAAGCCCUCGUCUAGAGAUGCUAUUGCUACUCUCCCCAUUGGGACGCCCUCGUCCAGAGAUGCCAUUCCUGCUGUCCCCAUUGGGACGCCCUUGUCCAGAGAUGCCAUUGCUACUGUCCCCAUUGGGACACCCUCGUCCAGAGAUGCCAUUAAUACUGUCCCCAUUGGGACGCCCUCGUCCAGAGAUGCCAUUAAUACUGUCCCCAUUGGGACACCCUCGUCCAGAGAUGCCAUUAAUACUGUCCCCAUUGGGACGCCCUCGUCCAGAGAUGCCAUUGCUACUGUCCCCAUUUGGACGCCCUCGUCCAAAGAUGACAUUGCUACUGUCCCCAUUGGGACACCCUCGUCCAGAGAUGCCAUUAAUACUGUCCCCAUUGGGACACCCUCGUCCAGAGAUGCCAUUAAUACUGUCCCCAUUGGGACGCCCUCGUCCAGAGAUGCCAUUGCUACUGUCCCCAUUUGGACGCCCUCGUCCAGAGAUGCCAUUGCUACUGUCCCCAUUUGGACGCCCUCGUCCAAAGAUGACAUUGCUACUGUCCCCAUUGGGAUGCCCUCGUCCAGAAAUGCCAUUGCUACUGUCCCCAUUGGGACGCACUCGUCCAGAGAUGCCAUUGCUACUGUCCCCAUUGGGACGCACUCGUCCAGAGAUGCCAUUGCUACUGUCCCCAUUGGGAUGCACUCGUCCAGAGAUGCCAUUGCUGCUGUCCCCAUUUGGGCGCCCUCAUCCAAAGAUGCCAUUGCUACUGUCCCCAUUGGGAUGCCCUUGUCCAGAAAUGCCAUUGCUACUGUCCCCAUUGGGACGCACUCGUCCAGAGAUGCCAUUGCUACUGUCCCCAUUGGGAUGCACUCGUCCAGAGAUGCCAUUGCUACUGUCCCCAUUGGGAUGCCCUUGUCCAGAAAUGCCAUUGCUGCUGUCCCCAUUGGGACACACUCGUCUAGUGAUGCCAUUGCUACUGUCCCCAUUGGGAUGCACUCGUCCAGAGAUGCCAUUGCUGCUGUCCCCAUUGGGACGCCCUCGUCCAGAGAUGCCAUUGCUGCUGUCCCCAUUUGGGCGCCCUCAUCCAAAGAUGCCAUUGCUACUGUCCCCAUUGGGAUGCCCUUGUCCAGAAAUGCCAUUGCUACUGUCCCCAUUGGGACGCACUCGUCCAGAGAUGCCAUUGCUACUGUCCCCAUUGGGAUGCACUCGUCCAGAGAUGCCAUUGCUACUGUCCCCAUUGGGAUGCCCUUGUCCAGAAAUGCCAUUGCUGCUGUCCCCAUUGGGACACACUCGUCUAGUGAUGCCAUUGCUACUGUCCCCAUUGGGAUGCACUCGUCCAGAGAUGCCAUUGCUGCUGUCCCCAUUGGGACGCCCUCGUCCAGAGAUGCCAUUGCUACUGUCCCCAUUGGGACGCACUCGUCCAGAGAUGCCAUUGCUACUGUCCCCAUUGGGACGCACUCGUCUAGCGAUGCCAUUGAUACUGUCCCCAUUGGGACAUUUGGACAAUAAUGUUUUUUUCUAUUAUUUUCUCAUUCCAGCGACAGUGAACUCGACACUUCAAGACUUAUGGUCAAUAGUUCAGAGAAAAGCAGCAGGAGUGGUCCUUCCUUUUUCCAGCACUCGGUCGAAGGAUGGCGGCUCAAUUCGUCACUAGUUCUCAUGAUAAGGUGAGUCACUGCUUGGCCAGUUAUUGACAUUGGAUUAGAAGAGGCUUGAAUUGAAACAAUGGAGCUCUUCUCUACACCACCAGCUCCCAGAGCACAUUACAGUGUGUGGUCCUCUGUAGCUCAGCUGGUAGAGCACGGCGCUUGUAACGCCAAGGUAGUGGGUUCGAUCCCGGGACCACCCAUACACAAAAAUGUAUGCACGCAUGACUGUAAGUCGCUUUGGAUAAAAGCGUCUUCUAAAUGGCAUAUUAUUAUUAUUAUUGUGUGAGGAUUACUAACCUCAUCCACCACAAUUGUACAACAGCACCCAGCGAUUUGGGAUGCGUCCCAAAUGGCACCCUAUUCCCUAUAUAGUGCACUACUUUUGACCAGAGCCCUAUAAGCCACUGGUCAAAAGUAGUGCACUGUAUAGGGAAUAGGGUGCCAUUUGGGACGCAGAUAUACAGUAGGAAACCACUGGAGACUCAUGAGGAGGAUGACUCAUUGCCAGGGUCAACAUUAACUCAAGCUCAUUGCUUUGCUUUUCACACUCCAUUACAUCACAGUUCAACCACAGUGUCACCACGUCGAAUUUGACUGCAUUGAGUGGCAUAAGAAUCUAUAUACCGAAGGCCGUUCUUUUUUCAUUACAAACAACCCAGUCAAUAAGUCUAUGCUACUUAUGUACUGCUUCUGAAGAAGUCUGUGUACUAAUUCUAUACAGUAUAUCAUAAAGGAGUUGUGAUAGUUAUGUCAUUAUACUCCCAACAACACUGUUGUAUUAUAUAGUAACUUUGGAGAGGUUGUCAUUGUGGAGGUUGUCUUCCUUUUUAGCCACCAGAAAUACACAUCUUUCAGUAUUCCCUCUGGUGGGGUCAGUCGUGUCUGACCACGCCCACCCAGUUGGGAGCCAAGCCCACCCAAUCAGAUUUCUUUUUUACUUGUCAGUGUUCCAAAUAGAACAUUAUUUGUCUGAUUUUUUUUUUUCUUCUCUUUGCCCCAUUGCAAAAUGUCAAAACAUUUAAGGAAGUUAGCUGCAAGCACGACCACCAGCUAAUUUCUGACUACACCACUGCGUAUGUGCUUAAAUUACGGUGAGACAACUUUUCUUUUUAUUGGGCAAAUGUGCCUUCCAUGCCUAAGAAUAGCAGCCCGCCCCUCUGUCUCCGUGUCUGGGGAAUCGUCUAAGUAGGACUGCAGUAGAACACAUAGCCCUCUGAGACAGCGAAAAAGAGACGGAAAAGUUGCUCAAACUGCAAAAGUCUCAUUACUGUACGACUUAAGAGGCUUUUUGCUCAUUUAGCCGAGCCUUUGUUCAGGGACUUAUUUCCGUGCUUCUAUUUUUUCCCCCACGCAGCAUAUUGUAAUUACGAAGCCAAUCAAGAUAUUGCUAUUUGACUCGCUGUGAAAAAUGUAGGCCAUUUAUCUUCUUGGUUUUUGUCUUACCCACCUAAUGUUUCAAGCUUUACCGCUGGUUGACUGGAACACAUUGCACCAGCAUUUUAGGGAGCCUGGUAUACUGUAGUUCUUUUCUUUCUUUCUUUCUUUCUUUCUUAUUAUUUUAAUUUUUUUGCUUCAUCGUCUUGCUUACCUUUAGACGUUUUUGAGACACCAUGCUGUUUGUCGCUGUCAUGUUGGAAGCAUGCUUACAUCUGUCACAACAGGAGACCUGUAAUGAAUCAAAACAGAGCAUCCCCAUUAAGAUUUCAUCAUUAACAACCAGAGAACUGUGACAUAUUUUCAUCAAAUAGAGAACAGAGGUGUGUAGCCUCCUCAUCCCCCAACAUCAGAAGAACUGAAUUGAUCAGACAAUGGAACUUUGGAGAGGUUCCAUAAACCUUUCAUGUCUAAACCCCUUACCACGUGCUGAAGCCAACUCCUAUAUCAUUGCCAUGUUAUGGAGAAGAGAUGGCAGCAGCACAUACAGUAGGCCUAUGGGAUAAGUUUAACAUACAGUAGGCCUAUGGGAUAAGUUUAACAUGCAGUAGGCCUAUGGGAUAAGUAUAUCAUACAGUAGGCCUAUGGGAUAAGUUUAUCAUACAGUAGGCCUAUGGGAUACGUUUAUCAUACAGUAGGCCUAUGGGAUAAGUUUAACAUACAGUAGGCCUAUGGGAUAAGUUUAACAUGCAGUAGGCCUAUGGGAUAAGUAUAUCAUACAGUAGGCCUAUGGGAUAAGUUUAUCAUACAGUAGGCCUAUGGGAUACGUUUAUCAUACAGUAGGCCUAUGGGAUAAGUUUAACAUACAGUAGGCCUAUGGGAUAAGUUUAUCAUACAGUAGGCCUAUGGGAUAAGUUUAACAUACAGUAGGCCUAUGGGAUAAGUUUAUCAUACAGUAGGCCUAUGGGAUAAGUUUAACAUACGGUAGGCCUAUGGGAUAAGUUUAUCAUACAGUAGGCCUAUGGAAUAAGUCUAUCAUACAGUAUUCCUAUGGGAUAAGUCUAUCAUACAGUAGGCCUAUGGGAUAAGUCAAUCAUACAGUAGGCCUAUGGGAUACGUUUAUCAUACAGUAGGCCUAUGGGAUACGUUUAUCAUACAGUAGGCCAAUGGGAUAAUUUUAACAUACAGUAGGCCUAUGGGAUAAGUUUAUCAUACAGUAGGCCUAUGGGAUAAGUUUAACAUACAGUAGGCCUAUGGGAUAAGUUUAACAUACGGUAGGCCUAUGGGAUAAGUUUAUCAUACGGUAGGCCUAUGGGAUAAGUUUAUCAUACAGUAGGCUAAUGGGAUAAGUUUAACAUACAGUAGACCUAUGGGAUAAGUUUAUCAUACAGUAGGCCUAUGGGAUAAGUUUAACAUACAGUAGGCCUAUGGGAUAAGUGUAUCAUACAGUAGGCCUAUGGGAUAAGUCUAUCAUACAGUAUUCCUAUGGAAUAAGUCUAUCAUACAGUAGGCCUAUGGGAUAAGUCAAUCAUACAGUAGGCCUAUGGGAUACGUUUAUCAUACAGUAGGCCUAUGGGAUACGUUUAUUAUACAGUAGGCCUAUGGGAUAAGUGUAUCAUACAGUAGGCCUAUGGGAUACGUUUAUCAUACAGUAGGCCUAUAGGAUAAGUUUAACAUACAGUAGGCCUAUGGGAUAAGUUUAUCAUACAGUAGGCCUAUGGGAUAAGUCUAUCAUACAGUAUUCCAAUGGAAUAAGUCUAUCAUACAGUAGGCCUAUGGGAUAAGUCAAUCAUACAGUAGGCCUAUGGGAUACGUUUAUCAUACAGUAGGCCUAUGGGAUACGUUUAUUAUACAGUAGGCCAAUGGGAUAAGUUUAACAUACAGUAGGCCUAUGGGAUAAGUUUAUCAUACAGUAGGCCUAUGGGAUACAUGUAUCAUACCCAUCAGACCCAUGGGGCGGCGCACAAUUGGCCCAGCGUCGUCCAGGGUAGGGGAGGGAAUGGCCGGCAGGGAUGUAGCUCAGUUGGUAGAGCAUGGCGUUUGCAACGCCAGGGUUGUGGGUUCGAUUCCCACGGGGGGCCAGUAUGAAAAAUUGUAUGCACUAACUGUAAGUCGCUCUGGAUAAGAGCGUCUGCUAAAUGACUAAAAUGUAAAAUGUAAAAUCAUACAGUAGGCCUAUGGGAUAAGUUUAACAUACAGUAGGCCUAUGGGAUAAGUUUAUCAUACAGUAGGCCUAUGGGAUACGUUUAUUAUACAGUAGGCCUAUGGGAUAAAUUUAACAUACAGUAGGCCAAUGGGAUAAGUUUAACAUACAGUAGGCCUAUGGGAUAAGUUUAACAUACAGUAGGCCAAUGGGAUAAGUUUAACAUACAGUAGACCUAUGGGAUAAGUUUAACAUACAGUAGGCCAAUGGGAUAAGGGUAUCUUUUUUAUUAUUUUAUUAUUAUUAUUUAUUUUUUGUCAUUUAGCAGAUGCUCUUAUCCAGAGCGACUUACAGUUAGUGAGUGCAUACAUUAUUUUUUAUUUAUUUUUUCAUACUGGCCCCCCCAUGGGAAUCGAACCCACAAUCCUGGCGUUGCAAACGCCAUGCUCUACCAACUGAGCUACAUCCCUGCCGGUCAUUCCCUCCCCUACCCUGGACGACGCUGGGCCAAUUGUGCGCCGCCCCAUGGGUCUCCCGGUCGCGGCCGGCUACGACAGCUAGCACUGCGAUGCAGUGCCUUAGACCACUGCGCCACUCGGGAGCCCAAACCCAGACCUGGACUAAAAAGCCCUUUUAAUGGAGGUUCUCCAUUGUGAAUGCUUUUUAGUCCGAUACUACUCUUAAUCUGUCUCUGGGAAAUCAGACAUUAAUAAAGGGUUUACUUAGGUCACUACAGUACAAUGCUGUUCUCUUCUGACUAACAUACAGGAAGGACGUGCUGCGUUUCCUGGAUGCUGAGAGGGACGUUUCAGUGGUGAAGAGCAGUUUCAAACCAGGCGACACUAUCCACUACGUCCUCGACAGACGCCGAACGCUCAACAUCUCCCACACGCUGCACAGCCUGCUACCGGACGUCUCUCCGCUCAAGAACAAGCGCUUCAAGACAUGCGCGGUGGUGGGCAACUCCGGCGUGCUUCUCAACAGCGGAUGUGGCAAGGAAAUCGACAGGCAUGACUUUGUCAUACGGUACUGCUGCUGCCUCUCAAAAGGAUAGUUCACUGUUUAUACAAUCCGAAAUAAUUAUGCAGCUAGAGUACUUUCAGUACAGAGCACAAACUGCUGAUGCGUUUUGCAUCAUAUGAUAUGAAUGACCCCUUUUAAGGCUACAAUGUCUGGUCUAUGUUUUAUUAGCCAAGGGUUAGGACUUCUUAACGCCGUUAAGGCAUUGAAAUUCUCUGACACUCUAUGAGAAAAGGUUGGAUCUUUUUGCCCGGCAAAAAAAUACGUAAUGCAGUUUGGCUCCGCUAUCAUUAGCCCUUCCAGAACGUAUAUGUUCAUAGAAAACACUCAAGGUAAUGACAAUAUUAGCUGUAAUUAUCUCAUGGAUAGAAGCCACAUAUUGGAUCAACACAUAAGGAGAAAUUAUUCCCCCGUCUGCAUUUAAUGAGCGGUUCUUGGGUUUAUGUGCCCAUGCGGGCCACAUUAAAUUAAAUCAGGAAAAUAGCAUCACUCUUCUCUUGUCUAGUGUUUGGGUUUGCCUCUAGCUUAGUGACACUUCCAUACAAAUAUUACUAGAUGAUAAGAAUUUAAAUUACCUUAGCAUUUAUAACAGUCAGGUUCAUAUGUCAUAUUGUAUGACGUGACAUCGAUAAGAAGAUUGUGUUAUGAUUCAUAAAUGGUUGUUGUGAAUAUUAAACAGACAAAGCCAGAAGCACAUACUGUUAGUGUUGAUCAAAGAUGCUACUUCUGAAUAGUCUGCCUCGUGAUGCAAUACCACAACUUGUUGAAGCACAGUAAAGAGGAAGGAAAUACAUUCCACCAAUAUUUCCAUUUGUGCCGUCAGCCCAGUACAGACAUAAUGAUGAUGAUGCCCCAAAUGGCACGCUAUCCCCUAUAGUGGGCUUCUUUUGACGAGGGCCCAAAGUUAUUGUCUGCAGAGUAUUGAGUGGAGUUGAAUCGUAGCCUCUAGAACAUCGCUCUUCAUUCCUGGACCUGGAAUGCUACAGGGUGUACACAAGGUUUUGUUCCAGCCCAGCACUAACACACCUGAUAUAACUCAUCAAGGUUAGUGUGUACAGUGCCUUGCAAAAGUGUUCAUCCCCCUUGGCGUUUCUUCCAAUUUUGUUGCAUUACAACCUGUAAUUUAAAUGGAUUUUUAUUUGGAUUUCAUGUAAUGGACAUACACAAAAUAGUCCAAAUUGGUGAAGUGAAAAUUCUAAAAAAUAAAUAACGGAAAAGUGGUGCGUGCAUAUGUAUUCACCCCCUUUGCUAUGAAGCCCCUAAAUAAGAUCUGGUGCAACCAAUUACCUUCAGAAGUCACAUAAUUAGUAGUUAACUAAAGUCCACCUGUGUGCAAUCUAAGUGUCACAUGAUCUGUCACAUGAUCUCAGUAUAAAUACUGUUCUUCUACUAAUCUCACUGCAACUCCCCUCCAAGUCUCCGACCACUACUUUGUAUCCUUUUCUCUCUCGCUCUCCACCUACACUACUCACUCAGCCCCUACUCAGAUGGUAAUGUGCCGUCGCAACCUUCGCUCUCUCUCUCUCCCGCUACUCUCUCCUCUUCCAUCCUAUCAUCUCUUCCCUCUGCUAAAUCCUUCUCCCUCCGAUCUCCUGAUUCUGCCUCCUCAACCCUCCUCUCCUCCCUUUCUGCAUCUUUUGACUCUCUAUGUCCCCUAUCCUCCCGGCCGGCUCAGUCCUCCCCUCCUGCUCCGUGGCUUGACGACUCAUUGCGAGCUCACAGACCAGGGCUCCGGGCAGCCGAGCGGAAAUGGAGGAAAACUAGACUCCCUGCGGACCUGGCAUCUUUUCACUCCCUCCUCUCUACAUUUUCUUCCUCUGUUUCUGCUGCUAAAUCCACUUUCUAAAUUCCAAGCAUAUGCCUCUAACCCUAGGAAGCUCUUUGCCACCUUCUCCUCCCUGCUGAAUUCCCCCCCCCCCCCCCCCCUCUGUGGAUGACUUCGUCAACCAUUUUGAAAAGAAGAUUGACGACAUCUGAUCAUCGGUGGUUAAGUCAAAUGACACUGCUGGUCCUGCUCACACUGCCCUACCCUAUGCUUUGACUUCUUUCUCCCCUCUCUCUCCAGAUGAAAUCUUGCGACUUGUGACGGCUGGCCGGCCACCCAACAACAUGCCCGCUUGACCCUAUCCCCUCCUCUCUUCUCCAGACCAUUUCCGGAGACCUUCUCCCUUACCUCACCUCGCUCAUCAACUCAUCCUUGACCGCUGGCUAUGUCCCUUCUGUCUUCAAGAGAGCGAGAGUUGCACCCCUCCUCAAAAAACCUACACUCGAUCCCUCCGAUGUCAACAACUACAGACCAGUAUCCCUUCUUUCUUUUCUCUCCAAAACUCUUGAGCGUGCCGUCUCUAGCCAACUCUCCUGCUAUCUCUCUCAGACUGACAUUCUUGAUCCAAACCAGUCAGGUUUCAAGACUGGUCAUUCAACUGAGACUGUUCUUCUCUGUGUCACGGAGGCUCUCCGCACUGCUAAAGCUAACUCUCUCUCUUCUGCUCUUAUCCUUCUAGACCUAUCUGCUCCCUUUGAUACUGUGAACCAUCAGAUCCUCCUCUCCACCCUCUCCGGGUUGGGCAUCUCCGGCGCUGCUCACUCUUGGAUUGCGUCCUACCUGACAGGUCGCUCCUACCAGGUGGCGUGGCGAGAAUCUGUCUCCGCACCACGUGCUCUCACAACUGGUGUUCCCCAGGGCUCAGUUCUAGGCCCUCUCCUAUUCUCUCUAUACACCAAGUCACUUGGCUCUGUCAUAUCCUCACAUGGUCUCUCCUAUCAUUGCUACGCAGACGACACACAAUUAAUUUUCUCCUUUCCCCCUUCUGAUAACCAGGUGGCGAAUCGCAUCUCUGCAUGUCUGGCAGACAUAUCAGUGUGGAUGUCGGAUCACCACCUCAAGCUGAACAUCGGCAAGACGGAGCUGUUCUUCCUCCUGGGGAAGGACUGCCCGCUCCAUGAUCUCGCCAUCACGGUUGACAACUCCAUUGUGUCCUCCUCCCAUAGUGCAAAGAACCUUGGCGUGACCCUGGACAACACCCUGUCGUUCUCCGCUAACAUCAAAGCGGUGACCCGAUCCUGCAGGUUCAUGCUCUACAACAUUCGCAGAGUACGACCCUACCUUACACAGAAAGCGGCACAGGUCCUAAUCCAGGCACUUGUCAUCUCCCGUCUGGAUUACUGCAACUCGCUGUUGGCUGGGCUUCCUGCCUGUGCCAUUAAACCCCUACAACUUAUCCAGAACGCUGCAGCCCGUCUGGUGUUCAACCUUCCCAAGUUCUCUCAUGUCACCCCGCUCCCCCUCACACUCCACUGGCUUCCAGUUGAAGCUCGCAUCUACCGUGCUUGCCUACGGAGCUGUGAGGGGAACGGCACCUCCUUACCUUCAGGCUCUGAUCAGACCCUACACCCAAACGAGGGCACUACGUUCAUCCAACUCUGGCCUGCUAACCCCCCUACCUCUACGGAAGCACAAUUUCCGCUCAGCCCAGUCAAAGCUAUUCGCUGCUCUGGCACCCCAAUGGUGGAACAAGCUCCCCCACGACGCCAGGACAGCGGAGUCACUGACCACCUUCCGGAGACACUUGAAACCCUACCUCUUUAAGGAAUACCUGGAAUAGUCUAACAGUAAUCCUUCUACACCCGCCUCUCCCCCAGUGGUGGUUGUCCCACUGGCUAUCCUAAGUUGAAUGCACCAAGUCGCUCUGGAUAAGAGCGUCUGCUAAAUGACUUAAAUGUAAACGUAAUAUACACCUGUUCUGAAAGGCCUCAGAGUCUGCAACACCACUAAGCAAGCGGCACCAUGAAGACCAAGGAGCUCUCCAAACAGGUCAGGGACAAAGUUGUGGAGAAGUACAGAUCAGGGUUGGGUUAUAAAAAAAUAUCUGAAACUUUGAACAUUCCACGGAGCACCAUUUAAAUCCAUUAUUACAAAAUUGAAAGAAUAUGGCACCAUAACAAACCUGCCAAGAGAGGGCCGCCCAUCAAAACUCACGGACCAGGCAAGGAGGGCAUUAAUCAGAGAGGCAACAAAGAGACCAAAGAUAACCCUGAAGGAGCUGCAAAGCUCCACAGCAGAGAUUGGAGUAUCUGUCCAUAGGACCACUUUAAGCCGUACACUCCACAGAGCUGGGCUUUACGGAAGAGUGGCCAGAAAAAAGCCAUUGCUUAAAGACAAAAAUAAGCAAACACGUUUGGUGUUCGCCAAAAGGCAUGUGGGAGACGCCCCAAACAUAUGGAAGAAGGUACUCUGGUCAUAUGAGACAAAAAUUUAGCUUUUUGGCCAUCAAGGAAAAUGCUUUGUCUGGCGCAAGCCCAAUACCUCUCAUCACCCCGAGAACACCAUCCCCACAGUGAAGCAUGGUGGUGGCAGCAUCAUGCUGUGGGGAUGUUUUUCAUCGGCAGGGACUGGGAAACUGGUCAGAAUUGAAGGAAUGAUGGAUGGCGCUAAAUACAGGGACAUUCUUGAGGGAAACCUGUUUCAGUCUUCCAUAGAUUUGAGACUGGGACGGAGGUUCACCUUCCAGCAGGACAAUGACCCUAAGCAUACUGAUAAAGCAACACUUGAGUGGUUUAAGGGGAAACAUUUAAAUGUCUUGGAAUGGCCUAGUCAAAGCCUAGACCUCAAUCCAAUUGAGAAUCUGUGGUCUGACUUGAAGGACCUGGAGCAGUUUUGCCUUGAAGAAUGGGCAAAUAUCCCAGUGGCUAGAUGUGCCAAGCUUAUAGAGACAUACCCCAAGAGACUUGCAGCUGUAAUUGCUGUAAAAGGUGGCUCUACAAAGUAUUGACUUUGGGGGAAGGGGGUGUGAAUAGUUAUGCAUGCUCAAGUUUUCUGUUUUUUUUGGGUCUUAUUUCUUGUUUGUUUCACACAAAAAAUAAAUUUGCAUCUUCAAAGUGGUAGGCAUGUUGUGUAAAUCAAAUGAUACAAACCCCCCAAAAAUCCAUUUUAAUUCCAGGUUGUAAGGCAACAAAAUAGGAAAAAUGCCAAGGGGGGUGAAUACUUUCGCAAGCCACUGUAAGUGCAAGGCUGGAACAAAAAUUAGCAUUAACACUGAGCUUUUCCAGGACCCGGGAGUGAAGACUCUGAAGAUCGACCACCCUUACAAAGAACAGCAUUUAUUCUCCCCCUCUUUAAGCUUAUUGGUAUUGAAAGUGUGUUGAGGUCGAGGUCGUACUCUUUCUCUAAUGGCUCUCUCUCUAUCCGUUGUUGACUUAGCUGUAACCUGGCGCCGCUGGCCGAGUUCGCCGAGGACGUGGGGCUGCGGUCCGACUUCACCACCAUGAACCCCUCUGUCAUCCAGAGGGUGUACGGCGGCCUGAAGAACGCCACGGACACGGAGAGGUUCGUCCAGCGCCUGCGGAUGCUCAACGACAGCGUGCUGUGGAUUCCGGCCUUCAUGGUGAAGGGAGGAGAGAGGCACGUGGAGAGCGUCAACGAGCUCAUCGUCAAGAGGAAGCUGAGGGUGAGGACGGCCUACCCGUCGCUGAGGCUCAUCCACGCGGUGAGAGGGUGAGUUGAGUUUUGCCACACGUGUACUAUAUGCAUGAACACAUUGACACACAUUCUCACAUACGGUAUACACUACAGUACACACACACACACACAGUCAGGUAGCUGUUCAUAAAGAGUCUGUUAUGGGCCAUUAAAUGCUUACCUAUUAUACAAUUGGUUGCAUCUUACAGCUCAGUAUAAAGUAAGCCAUGCACAUAUACACACACACACACACACACACACACCACAUAUCACACACACACACACACACCACAUAUACACACACACACACACACACCACAUAUCACACACACACACACACCAAAUUAAAGGUGCAUUAGCAUGAUACUCUUAAUUAACAGAACAGUAUUUCUUACCUUCAUAAAGAGAUAGUCUGCUAUGGGACAUUAAUUAAGUGUUUGCAUAUAAUACAAUUGGUAGCACUUUACAACUCAGUAAAUUAAAGAUGAUAUCAUUAUACAGGUACAGCUCUCAUACUAUUACAACAUUAGAGCCCCUUAAUGUUGACAAAGUAAAGUUAUAGUAUGCAUCCCAAAUGGCACCCUAUUCCCUAUAUAAUGGAGGGACCCUGGUCAAAAGUAGUGCACCAUGUAGGGAAUAGGGUACCAUAUGGGAAGCACCCUAGAGGUCUGAGAUCUGAGGUCUAAUGCAUUCUAUCAAUGUGCCAUUCAUUGUUCAUUUUGUUGGGAGAAAAACAUUUCAAAUUAUUGAUUGAAACUAGCCUGGUCCCAGAUCUGUUUGUGCUGUCUCACCAACUCCUAUGGUCACUGUCACAUGUUGUCGUGACAGUUGGCAAGACAACACAAACAGAUCGUAGACCAGGCUAGACUGAAGUACUGCCUCUCUAACCCUUUAACAUUAUUUUUACCCCUAGAGAUAGACCAGUGAUGUCGUUCUCUGUUUGUUUUCAUCUCAUUGGAACCCACAUUUUUUCAAUGGAAAUAUAAAUUAUUUUCAAUUUGGUGUCUAAACCCCAUGAAUCUGGUGUCUAAACCUAAUGAAUCUGGUGUCUAAACCCCAUGAAUCUGGAGACCAUACCCCAUGCAUCUGGUGUCUAAACCUAAUGAAUCUGGUGUCUAAACCCCAUGCAUCUGGUGUCUAAACCUAAUGAAUCUGGUGUCUAAACCCCAUGAAUCUGGAGUCCAUACCCCAUGAAUCUGGAGUCCAUACCCCAUGAAUCUGGAGUCCAUACCCCAUGAAUCUGGAGUCCAUACCCCAUGAAUCUGGAGUCCAUACCCCAUGAAUCUGGAGUCCAUACCCCAUGAAUCUGGAGUCCAUACCCCAUGAAUCUGGAGUCCAUACCCCAUGAAUCUGGUGUCUAAACCCCAUGAAUCUGGUGUCUAAACCCCAUGAAUCUGGUGUCUAAACCCCAUGAAUCUGGUGUCCAAACCCCAUGAAUCUGGUGUCCAAACCCCAUGAAUCUGGAGUCCAAACCCCAUGAAUCUGGUGUCUAAACCCCAUGAAUCUGGAGUCCAAACCCCAUGAAUCUGGAGUCCAAACCCCAUGAAUCUGGAGUCCAAACCCCAUGAAUCUGGAGUCCAAACCCCAUGAAUCUGGAGUCCAUACCCCAUGAAUCUGGCCGUAAUGACUAGAGAGGGAGUUUGCGUCCCAAAUGGCACCUUAUUCCCUAUAUAGUGCACUACUUUUGACCAGGGCCCAUAGUGAGCUCUGGUCAAAAGUAGUGCACUAUAUAGGGAAUAGGGUGCCAUUUAGAAUGCAGUCAGAGGGAAGUCACGCCAUAGCAACUGCCCCCCCACUGCUGUCGUCCAGCAUCAAAGGGGGUGUAGAGCUAGGAGGAGCUACCUGCGGUGACCUCUAAAGGGGGCUAAGAGCUAGCUACCUGGGGUGACCUCUAAAGGGGGUGUGGAGCUAGGAGCUAGCUACCUGGGGUGACCUCUAUAGGGGGUGUGGAGCUAGGAGCUAGCUACCUGGGGUGACCUCUAAAGGGGGCUAAGAGCUAGCUACCUGGGGUGACCUCUAAAGGGGGUGUGGAGCUAGGAGCUAGCUACCUGGGGUGACCUCUAUAGGGGGCGUGGAGCUAGGAGCUAUUUACCUGGGGUGACCUCUAAAGGGGGUGUGGAGCUAGGAGCUAGCUACCUGGGGUGACCUCUAUAGGGGGCGUGGAGCUAGGAGCUAGCUACCUGGGGUGACCUCUAAAGGGGGCUAAGAGCUAGCUACCUGGGGUGACCUCUAUAGGGGGCGUGGAGCUAGGAGCUAGCUACCUGGGGUGACCUCUAAAGGGGGCUAAGAGCUAGCUACCUGGGGUGACCUCUAUAGGGGGCGUGGAGCUAGGAGCUAGCUACCUGGGGUGACCUCUAAAGGGGGCGUGGAGCUAGGAGCUAGCUACCUGGGGUGACCUCUAAAGGGGGCGUGGAGCUAGGAGCUAGCUACCUGGGGUGACCUCUAUAGGGGGCGUGGAGCUAUGAGCUAGCUACCUGGGGUGACCUCUAUAGGGGGCAUGGAGCUAGGAGCUAGCUACCUGGGGUGAUCCCUAAAGGGGGCGUAGAGAUAGGAGGAGCUACCUGCGGUGACCUCUAAAGGGGGUGUGGAGCUAGGAGCUAGCUACCUGGUGUGACCUCUAAAGGGGGCGUGGAGCUAGGAGCUAGCUACCUGAGGUGAUCUCUAAAGGGGGCGUGGAGCUAGGAGCUAGCUACCUGGGGUGACCUCUAAAAGGGGCGAGGAGCUACCUGCGGUGCGUCGUGUUAGUAUGCACUGCUUCACGCAGCAUGGUAAAGUAACCGGGCAACCCGCCUAUCACAUCUCCCCACGCCACAAUCAGCACGCCAUUCCACAUGCGUUCUCAUCAGGCUACAUUUCCGUCUGUGCUCAUGUCUUCAUACGCAGAUAGAUUGCUAGGGAUAAGACAAUGUCCAAUGUGAUUGGCUUCAAUUCAAUUCCAAUUUAGAACUCUGCGAGCCACGGAGGAAAGGAUAGAGACAGUGAAAGGAGUGAUGAGAAAAACGUAUUUGAAAGGAGAAAGUGUGUGGGACCUUAUUUAGAAACGUUGUUAUCACGAACAUACGGUUUAGGAGCUCAAGCUUCUCCGUAGGAGUUAAAGAGAGGGUAAUUGUGACGGUCGUCAUUUUCCCCGGCACAAAAACACAGCAAUGUAUUAAUUGUCCAAUUGACUGGUUGAUGAGUUAAUUGUUUUGUGGGUUGAUCGUUAGCCGUGCAGUUCCCCCAGGGGCACGCGUUGUGACCGUCUGAUUUUAUGGGCACAUUCAAUGUCCUUGUGAGUUGCCAUAGCAGCCAAGCACCGUGUUCUUUCAGUUCGAGUUUUCUGCUGCCCUGCCUCGCUGCUAAAUAUAGUUCGGUUGAAGGAGGAACAUGGCUAACAGGUCCACGGGACAGACCUAUCUAAAUUGUCUUCAUUUAAAGGCCCAACCUGUGAUAGGUACAGCCAUUUUUGAUUGUUUAAAUUAAUGAUAUAUACUGUAUAUAUACAGUACACCGAGUGAUUCUAGAGAAUAUUACUUAUAAAUGCCUCUUGGCUUUUUAUAGUUCAACUGUCUCUUUCUCAAUUGUCUAUGUAAACAAACAAUGUGUAUAGCUACAAAAUGUGGUUUAAACUAUCAUGUUGACCUCAUGGACUAUGGAGGACUAAAAGUGCCACAAUUAAAUAAAUAAAUACACCAUUAAAUAAUUACUUAAAUGUGUCAUUAAUUAAUUAAAAUUAGAAUUAAAUACAUAAAUGUGUUAUUAAAUGUGUCAUUAAUUAAUUCAAAUACCGAUUCAUUUUAUGUAAAAUACAUAUAUAAUAAUUUCACUAUUUACAUUUACAUUUCAUGGUCCUGCGUUGGAGUGCUUCCUGAAUUACUUAAAACUGUCAAACUGACCCAUCAAAAGUUGGUAGGCGGAACCUAACGCCUGAUUGGUUACCCUCUGCAUCAAGCCAAGACAAAUCAAUUCCGGAUAAUGUCAGCAGGUCCUGCUUCUACAUCCUCUGCUAAGUUUAAAAUGUCUCUAACCAACUCCCUGGAAAGUUCACGGAGAUCCUCCAUUGUCUCUAUCCAGGUUGGCCUACUCUACUUCAGACCAAAGCAAUGGAUCAGACUAGAUUCGCGUUAGCCCCGCCCACUGACUUUGAUGGGUCAGUUUGACAGUUUUAAGUAAUUCAUGAAUCACUGCAAUGCAGGAUCAUGAAAUGUAAAUGUAAAUAGUGAAAUAAUUAUAUAUGUAUUUUACAUAAAAUGAAUCGGUAUUUGAAUUAAUUAAUGAUACAUUUAAUUACACAUUUAUGUAUUUAAUUCUAAUUUUAAUUAAUUAAUGACACAUUUAAGUAAUUAUUUAAUGGUGUAUUUAUUUAUUUAAUUGUGGCACUUUUAGUCCUCCAUAAUGGACUGUCAGUCCUUGCAUCCAUUAAAUGGAGAGUCGUUACAUUUCUCAAGCCCCAUCCCCCGGCUUUAUAGCAAACCAUGACUGAAAAAUAAAGAUUGUGGCUUAAAGUAAAACAAAUAUAUAUAUAUAUAUAUAUAUAUAUAUGUUUAGGACGGCACUGGCCCUUAUAAUUACCAUUAUCUGUGAUAAUUUGGGUGGGAUCAAGUGCUAGCCACCCAGAUAGCACACAAACCUCAACAUAGGUACGAUGUGUACAGGAUACAUCAGGAAUAUGUAGUUUGGACAUCUUUUGAACAUUGGCAAGAGUAUUGACGAUGUAUUUCGAAUGCCUACAUUCUAAAAUCUACAGGCAUCAACGUUCUAUUUUAAUAUCUCUGUGAUGUCUUCCCAAUGUGCAAACGCUUUCCACAUUACAUAUUCCCAACGCAAUUUCUUAUGUCAGCUGAGCCAGACGUGUACAUGUUUACUGGGCGCUGACCCACUGCAAAUAAUAUUUUUAUCCCGCACACUUCAGGCUCAAUAUUCAGUUCACUGGACAGUGCAUUGUGUUAUUGUAAAAAGAUCAAGUGCAGAGGCAAAUAAUGAUUUACGUAUGUCUGUGUUUAUUUGGUCAAUAGCAAAAAGGACUUGGAUUUGUUUCCCCAGCAUGACAUCUGGAGAAUGUGCUCUUUUUUUCAUCCAAUCCAAAUUAUCAUUCUCCUCGACACACACGUCUGUCUUGGGAAUUGGAAACUGUCGGUUGUUCUUUAAUUCAUCAGUUGUUGGGAGUCUCUCUCAAAAAAUUUCCCUUUUCUGUUUCGAAUCCAUUGACGUGUUGAAGCCUCCAAGGAUGCAGCCCAUAAGCCUUCGGCAUGAAUAUAACUUGAGUACGGAGGAGCUGUCAUUACAUUCAAUUAGUAGUCUGAGCUGUUAUUCUAUCACAAAACAACGUUGCCGCCAGCAUUAUUUAGGCUACUAUAGAGAAUUGGAGCCAUUUUGAGUGUUUUAGGGAAUACGUACCUGGCACUCUGCUGUUGUAUUGUGGAUUACUAGAGAUAACAGCGGUGAGAUGUUUGUAGCCAUCUGUAUCAGUAAUGGAAUCAGGUUACUGUAAGUCUGAGCGAGGCUUAGUAAAACAAGUUGUUCUUGUUUUCCAGGUACUGGCUGACAAACAAGAUCAAUAUCAAACGGCCCAGCACCGGAUUGUUGAUGUACACUUUGGCCACGCGCUUCUGCGACGAGAUUCACUUGUAUGGAUUCUGGCCCUUUCCGCGGGACUCAAAUGGAAAUGUGGUGAAGUACCAUUACUACGACUUGCUCAAGUAUCGAUACUUCUCCAACGCAGGCCCUCACAGGAUGCCACUGGAGUUCAAAACGCUGAAAAUGCUGCACAGUAAAGGAGCUCUGAAGUUGACGACUUCGAAGUGCGAAUCUUAAAGUGCUCUUCCUCGACGGAGUGCCAUUUUGUGGCAUAAACGGACACUUUGUUUGCGUUACUAGAAAGCACACAAGGCUGUAUGACUGCUGAGUUGACUACGGAGGACAGUUGAUGAUGAAUAAUUGCAAAAGUAGCAAGUAAAAGUGAGCGUGCCUUUUUUUAAAUGAACAAUGUAAAGGUACAAAACAAAGAAUGUAAUUGAAAAAUGAUUAGUCUUAUCUAAAUGUCAGGUUUGGCAUUGUAAGCAUCAUGGCUGAGAAAUCAGGAAACCAAACCUUUGGAUGGAGCAUCAGAGACGACCAGAUUGAUUACAAUACCAUGGAUUUCUACACUGGUCAUUGCAGUAGUUCUCUAAUAGACAAAGCACGAAGACCGGUGGCUGCGGUGUGUUAGCGAUUACCUGCUG